AUGCCUCUCACCCCUCACUGGAGGCUCGAUGAACUCAACCGACGCCUGAUAUUCCAACCGCGAGACGACCUUGGAUACCCAGUCACGGAUCUCGACGCACGCAGCCGGAUCCUGGCAGACUAUCUCCAGGACGUUCGCGAACGCCACAUCUUUGGCGUCCUUGAUGGUUGGCGGAACGAGCUGUAUCCCAUAUACGGCCCGAAGAGGGAGCUGUUGCUCAGCAUGGAGCGUUCGGCGACACCUCUGUUCGGAGUCGUCACCUAUGGUGUGCACAUGACUGGCUAUGUCAUGACAGGCGAGGGUAUGAAGAUAUGGACGCCUCGGAGGGCCUUGACGAAACAGACUUAUCCGGGCAUGAUGGACAACACGGUCGCUGGAGGGUUGACCAUUGGAGAAAAGCCCUUUGAGUGCUUGAUCAGAGAAUGCGAGGAGGAAGCUUCAUUGCCCGCAGACUUGGUGCGCACGGCGGCUCAGGCUUGUGGAACCUUGACAUAUUUCCAUGUCCGAGACGCGAGAGCCGGAGGAGAGACGGGACUCUGUCAGCCCGAGUGUCAGUACAUCUAUGACCUCAAGAUGCCGCCGGACGUCAUACCCAAACCAGGCGACGACGAGGCUAUCGAUUUCCAGCUUUUGACAGUUGACGAGGUCCGGCGAGCGAUGGCGGAGGGUAGAUUCAAGCCGAAUUGUGCGCAUUUGCUCUUGGAGUUCCUAGUCAGGCAUGGAUUCUUGACCGCCGAGAACGAACCUGACUACAUUGAAAUAGUCGCCAGAUUCCAUAGAAGGCUGGAGUUCCCAACUCCGUAG